AUUUCAUCCAAAUUCUUGAAAGUAAACGCUAAUGGAUAUUUUUAAUUAUCUAAUCCCAUCAACAAAAUCAACAAAAGUAUCAACAAAGUAAAAGAGGCCUAGGAGAUCAAAAAGCUGACUUUAACUUACAAUCUCUGUAUCCAACAUCAAAGCACAAUGAACAAGCAAUAUCGUCCUCAACUCACAGCCCUCAUCUUCUGUACCAUCCUUCUCUCACUACAUCCCUCACCAGCGCGCGCACACAGUGUAUGUAUAAUUGGCAGCGGAAUCGGCGGCGCCUCCGUCGCCCACUUCCUCCGCCGCUACUCCGACCCACAGACGAUCGGCCGCAUCACUAUCUUCGAGCGCAACGGCGUCGUCGGAGGGCGCAUGGCCACCGUCACCAUCGCCGGCGAGACCUUCGAGGCCGGCGGCUCCAUUCUCCACCCAAAGAACUACCAUGUCUCGAGUUACACCAAGUAUCUCAACCUCAAGGUCAAAGCCCCAAAGCACGCCGAUGAUUCUCUCUCUUUGGGGAUUUGGGACGGUCAUAAAUUUGUCUACAAGACGCUGAGCUCCAACUCCAAGCUGCCUAUUGUUCAGCGCCUUGUGUCGAUCGCUAAUUCCAUUAUGAUGUUGUUGAGAUACGGAGCCCUUUCUCUGUACAGAAUGAGUAGCUUUGUUGAGGCGAUGCUCAAUCAUUUUCUGAGGUAUUAUGAAGAUUUUGAAGCCCGGCCAGUGUUUGAUACGGUGGAGGGAAUGCUGAAAUGGGCUGGACUGUAUAACCUGACAACAAGAACAUUAGUGGAGGAACUGGUGGAAGUUGGAUUAUCUUCUAUACUUAUUGAAGAGCUUGUAACUGUCAUCACCAGAAUAAACUAUGGACAAAGUGUGAAAAUCAGUGGACUAGCUGGUGCAGUUUCCUUGGCUGGGUCUGGAGGCGGUUUAUGGGCUGUUGAAGGAGGGAACUGGCAGAUGGCUGCUGGAUUGAUAAACCGUUCGAAUGUUGAAUUACAUCUUCAUGAGGAAAUAAAUUCUAUUUCUUACCUGGGAGAUUUAUAUGAGUUGAACUCCUCAAAAGGAAUAAGUUACACCUGUCAAGUCACAGUGGUGGCAACACCUUUGGAUGAAUCAAGUAUCUGUUUCAAUCCUGAAUUAUCAAUACCUCCACGAAAAUUACAGCACACUCAUGCAACAUUUGUUAGGGGUCUGUUAAAUCCCGCAUAUUUUGGUCUAGACUCGUUAGGGGACAUUCCUGAUUUGGUGGGGACCAUAGAAUCUCCUGAUUUACCGUUCUCAAGCAUCAGUGUGCUUAAGCAACACGAGAAAGACAUGACUUAUAAGAUAUUCUCUCGUGAGCCUAUGUUGGAUGCCACGCUGGAUAAGAUUUUCAGUGUGAGAGUGGAGACGAUCAGAAUUAACUGGGGCGCUUAUCCUCAUUAUCAGGCGCCUGAAAAAUAUGCUCCGUUCAUUUUAGAUGGUAAUAAUCUAUAUUAUGUGAAUGCUUUUGAGAAUGCAGCCAGCACCAUGGAAACAAGUGCUGUUGCAGCUGAGAAUAUAGCGCGGCUUAUCCUUUCGAGACAAUCCAAGACAACCGACUACAACUCACCCAACUUGAAGAGCUUUACCGUUAGCGAUUCGUCUAAAUUUCACACAGAGUUGUGAGCAGAUAUUUCUAAUUUUUGGCAAGUUUGUCCAGUAUUUGAGUUCACCAGAUUACGGGAGUGUGAUAUCUGAUGUCCACAUGUAUAUAAAAUGAAUGGAUGAAAGAUGCGACAAAGAGACUGCUAGAGUUUGUAGAGAAAUGUCAACUCUCUGAACAUAUAUUUGGUAUCCAAAACUACAGAAGUUGUUGUACGACUGCAUUUGUCGAAGAUGUCCCAGUUUCUAUCGACAUAAAUAUUUUUUUUUUUAAAAAAAAAUAAAUAAAAAACUGAAUUUGAUCUCUUUGGCUUAUUUGAAUUUGAAUCUUGUUCUGUAUUGACUAUUGAGGCCAUGAAACGCAACCACUAGUGAUAUUUUUUGUUCUUUGUGAUGAAAUGACUUGCUGAUUGAG